AAAUCUAAGGAGGCUUAACUUAUGCUGUCAUCCUUGUAUAUUGAUUGCUUUAUAUUUGUAGGCUCACCUUUUGGACUCACACCUUAAAUCCGACCAUAAGAAUGCUUCGAGGUGCUAAAGUCGGCAGGCAGCUGGCCAGGAUCAGUGGUUGUCGUUACUAUUCAAAGUCGGAGGUGAGCGCCAGCCUGAGCUCCUCCUACUUGAAGGGCCAUGUGCGUACGGACCCCGUCAACGUGUUGCCCAAGCCUUACUACGGCGGCAUCCACAUGGUCACCCUGUACACAGGGAGCUCGAUCAUUGGCCAGCAGGGCGCCAAGUUCGUCAGCUCGCUGCUCCAGAGCAGUCGGGUGCCCGUGGAGGUGCAGCCCAUUGGCGAGGAGGAUGAGUAUUUCAAAUCGGUUCUCCGGAAUAGGGCUGCCGUUCAUGUGGACAUAAAUGCGGAUGAAAAGUCCAAGGCGAGAGCCCUUAAGAUCUGUAAUGACCUGGACCUGUAUGUGUUCAAGACGCGGACGCGGAGCUUUCCGGGAUAUAAGUGCCGGUUUCCGUGCGUUGACAUCCAAAUGAUUGGGCAGAACAACAUGGGAAACUACUCGGAGUUGGAGUACUCACCGGUAAAGGGCGUAGUGGAGGCCCUGUCGGUGGUUACCCAGGCGGGCAACCGAAAGUACCUGGAGCACGCUUUUGCGGCGGCAGUGGAUGCCGGAAGAAAGCGAGUCACACUGGUCAACAAGGCCAAGGAGUGGCCCCUAAACGACGGGGCCAUGGUGGAGGAUGCCAAGGAGAUCCACUGCAAGUAUAAGGACUGCCUGGAGCUAGAGCUAAUGGAGGUGGAGGAGUGCAUCAGCAGGCUAGUCACGAACCCCUCCUAUUUCGACUGCCUUUUCGCCAGUGAUCGCUAUGCCACCUUCCUUGCGACCAUCUGCAGCGGAGUCUGCGGCGGUGCCAAUCUCUUCAGCGCUGUAGAGAUGGGUGACAAUCACGCCGUGUUCAAGCCCCUGCAGACGAAGCUAUCGUUGACCAACUACUCGAAUCUCAGUGCCUACGGCAUCAUAUCCACCAUCGUAGACCUCUUGGAGUACCUGGGCCACCGCCAUUGCGCCAACGAACUGUGGGACCAGAUGAUGCGCACCAUGGACGAUGGCAUUUGCACGGUUGAGUUCGGAGGCAAGGACUCCGAUGAAUAUGUGAUUAGUAACAUCAAUAAUCAGUUGAAGUGUACGGGAUUGGGUGGAGACGAGCAUUCUGAGAAGUCCGAGUAGCUGUAACUGCAAUAGAUUAAAUUCUAGCACAUGAAAAUUAUGGUUAACUCCAAUCGGUAAUAUUAAUUAUUAAAAACUCAUUAAAUUCUUUUCCUGAAA